CUCCGCAGAAUGGACUCUUCAGACGAGUGGAACUCCACGCGUGAAUUGUGGCCGUCGGGAGCGGCGGUGGACGCGGAAACGGCAACUUUGGUGUCGUUAUUAUCUUCGUUAGUGAUUUUGAUUUCGGGAGCGGUUGCCGUCGUCUGUCUUAUCGCUUAUAUGCGUCGUUCGGAAACAUUUCAAAACAACAACAACAACGCCCUCACGUGCGCCAAAUGUGGCGCUUCACUCACCGCCGAAGUGUCUCAGACCUCGGGUCCGGUGGACACCGGUCUUUACGCGAUCAGUGGUGCCGUCGCCCCGGACGACGCAAAACAUUCAGACGCUCUUCUCAUUUGCGGACAAAUAUCUUCGGAUUCGCGAGCCGUCGGUUACGCACUUUCGGCCAACAUUUGCCGCACGGGUCUGCCGUCCACGCAAUCCAUGUGUUCGUCCAAUCAGACCAACGAAGAGUUAGUCCGUGUUUUCACUCGAGAUAUGGCGUGUCGUCCGGACGUCGUCUCUCCGUAUAUAACGUGUCGUCCGGAUGUCGUCUCUCCUUCUUUUGAAUCGUUGAGUUCAGACACGCCCACAGAUCCCGGAAUUCGAGAAUUCACAGAAUCUCCUCCGUUGGCCAAUGAGAGGCGUCAGGGAGUCGUUCAACACAUUACUCCCGAUUCGCGAGCAUUCGGUGCUUUACCGCGGACACGAAGUCGACGUCCGACUUGGAAGAUGUGUUCGGCGGCCGACACGAUCAAAAUCUCGGAAUUCGUCGGACUUUCGGACGUCUCGGACGACGACUCGCGAUUGGAUGAGAGACCACCGCUUCCAAAAUCGAGACGACCAACAAUUCCGCAAAUCAUUGACUGUUGA